UUUUAAAUUGUAAAGGGAUUACAGAGGGAAUCUCGCCGCCAUCCGGGAUGCUGCAGAGUGCCAUGAUGAUGAAGUUGGUGUUGGAGGACUGAAGCGUUUCUGAGGACCUUCUUCAUAUCCAGCUACUAAAAGCUUCCUCAGUCAUUUUGUCACUGCAAAUGAGCACUUUAUGAGCAGACUCGGACCACAUUUUUUUUUUUUUUUUAACCGUUGUGUGUGUGUUCUGAUCAGUGUGUGAGUAGCCUGUCUGCUCCAGCUGGGAUUAGAACCCUGACCGUGCUGUUUCUUUCCUCAUCAAAGCCGCGGCGGCUGUCAGUUACAAUGUUUCAGUUCACAAGGCAAACAAAGCGACUGCGCGGCCAGCAGGACGGCAUCGCACUGAGUGCCAUCUAACCGCAAAUACACCAGAGACGUGGGACGACGAGAAACUUCCAAGAGUACAAUUCAAGGCAAAGGUGGUCAUCAGGACUAAUGGCUGCCCUCGAGACUGUUCCCAGUUACAGCCCCUCGAUAUGGGUGCAGAUGUGCCACGCGAUCCCUCGCUUCGAUCUGACCAUGCAGAUGCAAGACAACAUAUUUACACCAGAAAGCUGGGAAUACCAACAGACUCUCCUGAUUCUCUCCAGUCUUUCAGCCAUCGCGCUCAUCCUCUCGCUUCUUGUCAUCCUCUCCUUCCUUAUUCACUACUGCUGCUGUCACCGCGGUGAUGCGGGCAGGGACGAGGAAGAGGAAGACGAUGAUGCCAGUGGUGGCCAUGGAUAUGGUGGCAGGAAGGGGCGGCGCAUCUGCUGUGUCACAUGGGUGUCCGUGGCAGCUGUCACGCUGUGCUGCGUUGCUAUAGGCUUUGGUUUCUAUGGUAACAGCGAGGCGAACGACGGGAUGUAUCAGUUGACCUCGUCUCUGCUCACUGCCAAUCACACACUGGCGUCCAUCGAUAUGCUGGUUUCAGACACCGUAACAGCUCUGCGGCAGUCCAUCUCAGGCCCUCUGACCUCACUGGAGAAUGUGUUUGGAGGGAAUAAACCCGCUCUGGUGUCCACUCGGUCCUGCAGACGUCUGUCUGAGCAUGUGAUGUCCCUUCUCUCCUCCCUCACUCUAGGAAAAGGGCUGAGCUCCAUCUCUACUAAUGCAAGUGAUGGCAUGGUGGGGGUUGUGACCCCUGUUCUGCCCUCUGUACCCCAGGCUGUGACCUCAAGUUCAAACAGUGCCCCUGCACCCUUCUCCCCAGGGUGGGCAGCUAGCACACUCAUGGUGAAUGAGGACUACAGGUGGCUCGCCUAUGUCCUGCUUCUCCUUUUGGAUCUGGUGGUGUGUCUCUUUAUUCUGCUAGGCUUGGCCAAACAGGCUCGAUGGCUCCUCAUUUUGAUGACAGUACUGGCCUGGUUGGCUCUGUUUCUGAGUUGGGGUUCUCUUGGCCUGGAGACAGCCACAGUGGUGGCACUCAGUGAUUUUUGCUUUGACCCAAACACAUUUGUUCUCAACUCUACACACUUUAAUGCCGGGACAAGUACAGAAAUCCUGGAUUACUACUUGACCUGCAGCAGAAAAAUGACCAGCCCCUUCCAGCAGCUGCUGACCCAGUCCCAGAGAGCUUUGUCUAGCAUUCAUUCCCACCUCUCCAGUUUAGAGAGAGAUGCUCUCCCACGCUUCCCCAAAGCAGAUAAGCCGCUGAUGGAGGUGCAGCAGAUGCUCAACUCUACUGAGGGAAAUUUCCACCAGCUGGUGGCGCUGCUCAACUGCCGUAGCCUCAACAAGGACUAUAUUGACUCUCUAAAAGGUCUGUGUUAUGAUGGGAUGGAAGGAUUGCUCUAUCUCUCACUGUACUCAUUCCUCUCCGCUCUGGCUUUCACAGCCAUCCUCUGCUCCCUUCCUGGAGCCUGGAGGAGCUUUUCCAGAGACUCAGAGGACUAUGACGACUCGGACAGCGAGAGCGAGGAUCCCUUCACUUCCCAUCAGGCACGUAGACAGACGGCCAGGGGGUCCCAGCGCGGGGCCUUGCCCCCCUUCUAUAAUUACCAGGGGGCUGGCUGGACAUCCCCCUUUUCUAGCGCACCUCCGUUGCCGACUCCAAACACUUCCUCCAAUGGCAACCCUGGUUAUGAGAGCCUGCCUCUGAGUGACAGGCAGUCCCCACCCCCCUCUUACUCUCCCAGCAUGCUGACAGGCUAUACGGGUAGUCAAUCACACCGCAACCCUGUCCAUUCAAGAAACCUGUACUCACGCUAAUUUGUAUGUAUAGUAUUAAAAAUAUUAUAUAGGCAAAUAUUUAGUUUUAAUAUGGAUGGACACUUUAAUGAGAGACUAAUUUAAAAGACAUCGGAAUGCCAGAUGUGCAAAACCACUGUGGAACGUCAGGACCACUGAGAUUUAAGAAGAAAGAACAAAAUGAAAGUUAAAAUAUUUGAGUUGUAUAAGACACAAUUUCCCCUUCAACCUGUUCAGUGGUGUAUUUACUGGAGACAGAAAACAGAUUGGUACUGACGUUACCAGACUGAUGUUACUUUAUGACUCUAUUUUUUUAAAUGCAUUACUACUUUGUUUUGGAGUUUUUAUAUUGUAUGCCAAGUCACAAAAACAUGAGAAUAAUGGCACAAUUUUUCUGUAUGACAGUUUAAUGGGCACUGAAUUUUUUUUUUCUGUUUUCUAAAUAUUUGGCUACCAUUUUUUUUAUAGAUGCCAAUUGUGUAUUAACUUGUAUACCCUCUGAUUCUAUAUAAUAUACAAUAUUAUUGUAUGAAACAAAUAUACUGUAUA